AGGAGCCAGCCACGCUCGCGCACAAAGUUGUGGAGUCGCCUUUCGGAGGAGGGGAGCGGGCAGCCGCAGCCCGCCGCGGGCUUUCUCCCGCCGAGGGGCGAGGAGGAGCCUCUGGCCCCCCCAGCCGAUUGGGGAAUCGCAGGGAGCAGUGCCCCCCUUCUUGUGGGUCAUUUCUGCAGACGGAAAACUCUCUUGUGUUUGGCAAACUUGGUGCCUGCGCGCCUUCUCCAGGUUUGCACUUAACUGUUUUGUUUUUGUUUUUGGCGGAACUACGGGGCAGGAGGAUUGCACAAGUCAGGGGCGUUUUCAAUCGGGUGUCAAAAUUUUUUUUCCUCUUUCGGAUUGUGUCUGGUUCUCCACGUUUUAUGUGAAAAGAAAAAGAAAAAUCGCACCACCCAAUUCACCCUCGCGCACGCCUUUGCUCUUGCUAGGACCCCGACCCGUCCGGAGGACGCGCUGGCCAUCUGGGACCCCGCGGCGCCGCGGGCGAGCAGAUAUUUGUGUCAAGCUGGAUCAUUAUAGAAAGUUGAAAGUCUUAAAAAAAAGGAUUGGAUAGACUCUUUGGAUUACUCUGAAACUCAGCCAACAUGGCAAAGUAUGGAGAACACGAAGCCAGGCCUGAAGAUGGACAGAAUGAAUUCAGUGAUAUCAUUAAGUCCAGAUCUGAUGAACACAAUGACGUGCAAAAGAAAACCUUUACCAAAUGGAUAAAUGCUCGAUUUUCAAAGAGUGGGAAACCACCCAUCAAUGAUAUGUUCACAGACCUCAAAGAUGGAAGGAAGUUAUUGGAUCUUCUAGAAGGCCUCACAGGAACAUCACUGCCAAAGGAACGUGGUUCCACAAGGGUGCACGCCUUAAACAAUGUCAACAGAGUGCUGCAGGUUUUACAUCAGAACAAUGUGGAAUUAGUGAAUAUAGGAGGCACUGACAUCGUAGAUGGAAAUCACAAACUGACUCUGGGAUUACUUUGGAGCAUCAUUUUGCACUGGCAGGUAAAAGAUGUCAUGAAGGAUAUCAUGUCAGACCUGCAGCAGACAAACAGUGAGAAGAUCCUUCUGAGCUGGGUACGCCAGACCACCAGGCCGUACAGCCAAGUCAAUGUCCUCAACUUCACCACCAGCUGGACAGAUGGACUUGCCUUCAAUGCCGUUCUCCACCGACAUAAGCCUGAUCUCUUCAGCUGGGAUAGAGUUGUCAAAAUGUCCCCAAUCGAGAGACUUGAACAUGCCUUCAACAAGGCUCAGACUUACUUGGGAAUUGAAAAGCUGUUAGAUCCUGAAGAUGUUGCUGUUCAGCUGCCUGACAAGAAAUCCAUAAUUAUGUAUUUAACAUCUUUGUUUGAGGUGCUACCUCAGCAAGUCACCAUAGAUGCCAUCCGUGAGGUAGAGACACUCCCAAGGAAAUAUAAGAAAGAAUGUGAAGAGGAAGAAAUUAAUAUACAGGGUACAGCACUUGAGGAGGAGCGUGGGAGUCCCCGAGCUGAAACCCCCAGCACGGUCACCGAGGUCGACAUGGUUCUGGACAGCUAUCAGAUGGCACUGGAGGAAGUGCUGACCUGGUUGCUUUCUGCCGAGGACACUUUCCAGGAGCAGGAUGACAUUUCUGAUGAUGUGGAAGAAGUCAAAGACCAGUUCGCCACCCAUGAAGCUUUUAUGAUGGAGUUGACUGCCCACCAGAGCAGUGUUGGAAAUGUCCUGCAGGCCGGUAACCAGCUGAUAACACAAGGGACUCUGUCGGAUGAAGAGGAGUUUGAGAUUCAAGAACAAAUGACCCUGCUGAAUGCUAGAUGGGAGGCUCUCAGAGUGGAGAGUAUGGACAGACAAUCCCGGCUGCAUGAUGUGCUGAUGGAACUGCAGAAGCAGCAGCUGCAGCAGCUCUCCGCCUGGUUAACGCGCACAGAAGAGCGCAUUCAGAAGAUGGAAACUUGCCCCCUGGAUGAUGAUUUAAAAUCCCUACAAAAGCUGCUAGAAGAACACAAAAGUUUGCAAAAUGAUCUUGAGACUGAACAGGUGAAAGUAAAUUCCUUAACUCACAUGGUGGUGAUUGUUGAUGAAAACAGUGGUGAGAGUGCUACGGCCAUUCUGGAAGAUCAGUUACAGAAACUAGGUGAGCGUUGGACAGCAGUGUGCCGUUGGACUGAAGAACGCUGGAAUAGGUUACAAGAAAUCAGUAUGUUAUGGCAGGAAUUACUGGAAGAACAGUGCUUGCUGAAAGCUUGGCUAACCGAAAAAGAAGAGGCUUUAAAUAAAGUCCAGACAAGUAACUUCAAGGACCAAAAAGAACUAAGUGUCAGUGUUCGACGUCUGGCCAUUUUGAAGGAAGACAUGGAAAUGAAGCGCCAAACGUUGGAUCAGCUGAGUGAAAUUGGCCAGGAUGUGGGUCAGUUACUUGAUAAUCCUAAGGCAUCUAAGAAGAUCAACAGUGACUCGGAGGAGCUGACUCAGAGGUGGGAUUCUUUGGUUCAGAGACUAGAAGAUUCUUCCAACCAGGUGACUCAGGCAGUAGCAAAGCUGGGGAUGUCCCAGAUUCCUCAGAAGGAUCUGUUGGAGACUGUUCGUGUAAGAGAACAAGUAACUACAAAAAAGUCUAAGCAGGAACUGCCUCCUCCUCCUCCCCCAAAGAAGAGACAGAUCCAUGUGGAUAUGGAAGCUAAGAAAAAGUUUGAUGCUGUAAGUGCAGAGCUGUUGAACUGGAUUCUGAAAUCAAAGACUGCCAUUCAGAGCACAGAGAUAAAAGAGUAUAAGAAGAUGCAAGAGACUUCAGAUAUGAAAAAAAAGUUGAAGGGAUUAGAAAAAGAACAGACGGAAAGGAUUCCCAGAUUGGAUGAAUUAAAUCAAACUGGACAAAUCCUUAUGGAUCAGAUGGGAAAAGAAGGCCUUUCUGUUGAAGAGAUAAACAGUGUUCUGGAGAAGAUUUUAUCGGAAUGGAAGACUGUGUCUCAGCAUUUGGGAGAUCUAGCAAAAGCAAUUAAGCUCCAGGAAGAUAUAAAUGCUUAUUUUAAGCAGCUGGAUGAGCUUGAAAAUAUCAUAAAGUCAAAGGAGGAGUGGGUAAAACACACCCCCUGUGCUGAAUCUUCCCAGCAGUCCUUACCAAAUUUGAAGGAUUCCUGUCAGCGAGAACUGACAGACCUCCUUGACCUCCACCCUCAAAUUGAGAUGGUGCGUGCAAGCUGCUCAGCCUUGAAGUCUCGGCCUUUUGCCCCAGCUUUCAUCCAGCAGGACUUCGAUAGCUUUAUGGGUCGCUACCACGCUGUGCAGCAGGAUUUAGAAGAUCGCCAGGAACAGCUAAAUGAAAUGAAGAGCCAGCCAGGACAUGCAUAUCUGGAAACAUUGAAAACAUUGAAAGAUUUGCUAAAUGAUUCAGAAAAUAAGGCCCAAACAUCUCUGAAUGUCCUCAAUGAUCUUGCAAAGGUGGAGAAGACCCUGAAAGAAAAAAAGGCUCUUGAUGAAAUUCUUGAGAGUCAAAAACUUAUACUCUAUAAACUUGCUGAAGAAACAAAGGCGUUGAAGAAAAACGCUCCUCCUGAUGUUGAAAAAAUAUAUAAGCAAGAAUGUGAUGAUGUCCAAAGAAAGUGGAACACACUGAAGAGCAAGGUUUCCAAAGACCUGCAUUUGCUCGAAGAAAUUACCCCCAAACUCAGAACUUUUGAGGCUCAUUCAGAAGUCAUUGAGAAGUGGAUGGAUGGGGUGAAAGAGUUCCUAAUGAAAGAGCGGGCUGCCCAAGGAGACACUGCAGGUCUACAGAGGCAGCUUGACCAAUGCUCUGCAUUUGUUAAUGAAAUAGAAACAAUUGAAUCAUCUCUGAAGGACAUGAAAAAAAUAGAAACUAACCUUCGAAGCUGUCCAGUUGCUGGAAUCAAAACUUGGGUGCAGGCUGGGUUAGGUGACUACCAAACCCAACUGGAGAAACUCAGCAAGGAGAUUGCUAUUCAAAAAACGAGGUUGUCUGAAAGUCAGGAGAAAGCGGCAAACUUGAAGAAAGACCUGGCGGAGAUGCAGGAAUGGCUGACCCAGGCAGAAGAAGAAUACCUGGAGAGAGAUUUUGAAUACAAGUCACCGGAAGAACUAGAGAGUGCCGUGGAAGAAAUGAAGAGGGCCAAAGAGGAUGUGUUGCAGAAGGAGGUGAGAGUGAAGAUUCUCAAGGACAACAUCAAGUUAUUAGCUGCCAAAGUGCCCUCUGGUGGCCAGGAGCUGACAUCUGAGCUGAACGUGGUACUGGAGAAUUACCAGCUUCUUUGUAACAGAAUUCGAGGAAAGUGUCACACACUGGAGGAGGUCUGGUCUUGUUGGAUUGAACUGCUUCACUAUUUGGAUCUUGAAACCACCUGGUUAAACACUUUAGAAGAGCGGAUGAAGAGCACAGAGACCCUGCCUGAGAAGACAGAUGCAGUCAAUGAAGCCCUAGAGUCUUUGGAGUCUGUUUUGCGCCAUCCAGCAGAUAAUCGCACUCAGAUUCGAGAACUUGGCCAGACUCUGAUUGAUGGAGGGAUCCUUGAUGAUAUCAUCAGUGAGAAACUGAAGGCUUUUAACAGCCGCUAUGAAGAUCUGAGCCGCCUGGCAGAGAGCAAGCAGAUUUCUUUGGAAAAGCAACUCCAGGUCCUGCAGGAAACUGACCACAUGCUUCAGGUCUUGCAGGAGAGCUUGGGAGAGCUGGAUAAACAGCUCACUACCUACUUGACUGACAGGAUAGAUGCUUUCCAGGUUCCGCAGGAAGCUCAGAAAAUCCAAGCAGAGAUCUCAGCCCAUGAACUAACUUUAGAGGAGUUGAGAAGAAACCUGCGUCCUCAGCCCCCCACUUCCCCUGAGGGCAGGAGUGCUAGAGGAGGCAGUCAGAUGGAUUUGCUACAGAGGAAACUUCGAGAGGUGUCCACGAAGUUCCAGCUUUUCCAGAAGCCUGCUAACUUUGAACAGCGCAUGCUUGACUGCAAGCGCGUGCUGGAUGGUGUGAAAGCAGAACUUCAUGUUCUGGACGUGAAGGAUGUAGACCCUGAUGUCAUACAGAGCCACCUGGACAAGUGUAUGAAACUGUAUAAAACUUUGAGUGAAGUCAAGCUUGAGGUGGAGACCGUCAUCAAAACAGGAAGGCACAUCGUCCAGAAGCAGCAGACUGACAACCCCAAAGGAAUGGAUGAGCAGCUGACUUCUCUGAAGGUCCUUUACAAUGACCUGGGCGCGCAGGUGACAGAAGGAAAGCAGGAUCUGGAAAGAGCAUCACAGUUGGCUCGUAAAAUGAAGAAAGAGGCUGCUUCUCUCUCGGAGUGGCUUUCUGGUACUGAAAUGGAAUUGGUGCAGAAAUCCACUUCAGAGGGCUCGCUUGGUGACUUGGAUACAGAAAUUUCCUGGGCCAAAAAUGUUCUGAAGGAUCUGGAAAAGAGAAAAGCUGAUUUAAAUACCAUCACAGAGAGUAGUGCUGCCCUCCAGAACUUGAUUGAGGGCAGUGAGCCUGUUUUAGAAGAGAGACUUUGCGUCCUCAAUGCUGGGUGGAGUCGAGUUCGCACCUGGACUGAGGAUUGGUGCAAUACAUUGAUGACCCAUCAGAACCAGCUGGAAAUAUUUGAUGGAAAUGUCGCUCACAUAAGUACCUGGCUUUAUCAAGCAGAAGCUCUGUUGGAUGAGAUUGAAAAAAAAACAGCAAGUAAACAGGAAGAAAUUGUGAAGCGCUUAAUAUCUGAGUUGGAUGAUGCCAGCCUCCAGGUUGAAAACGUCAGAGAUCAAGCCAUUGUUUUGAUGAAUGCCCGUGGGAGCUCAAGCAGGGAGCUUGUAGAACCGAAAUUAGCUGAACUGAAUAGAAACUUUGAAAAGGUGUCUCAACAUAUCAAAAGUGCCAAAUUGCUGCUUGGUCAGAAACCAUUGUUAUACCCAUGUUUGGUCACCACUGAAACAACUGAGGCUGGUGUGCAUUUCUCUGACUUGGAAAAACUAGAAAAUGAUAUAGAAAAUAUGUUAAAAGUUGUGGAAAAACAUUUGGAAAUGACUGAAGAAGAUGAAAAGAUGGAUGAGGAGAGAGCCCAGAUUGAGAAAGUUUUACAAAGAGGAGAACAAAUGUUACAUCAACCCAUGGAGGAUAAUAAAAAAGAAAAGAUUCGUUUGCAGUUACUACUUCUGCAUACACGAUACAACAAAAUUAAGGCAGUCCCUAUUCAGCAGAGGAAAACAGGUCAUCUUCCUUCUGGAAUUAGAUCAUCACCUCUUCCUGCAGAUUAUCUGGUUGAAAUUAACAAAAUUUUACUUUCCAUGGAUGAUGUUGAAUUAUCUCUUAAUAUUCCGGAGCUAAGCACUACUGUCUAUGAAGACUUCUCCUUUCAGGAAGAUUCUCUAAAGAAUAUAAAAGACCAACUGGACAGACUUGGAGAGCAGAUUGCAGUUAUUCAUGAAAAACAACCGGAUGUUAUCCUUGAAGCCUCGGGACCUGAAGCCAUUCAGAUCAGGGAUACGCUUACGCAGUUGAAUGCAAAAUGGGACAGAGUUAACAGAAUGUAUAGUGAUCGUAAAGGCCAUUUUGAUAGGGCAAUGGAAGAGUGGAGACAGUUCCAUGGUGACCUUAAUGACCUCACGCAGUGGAUAGCGGAAGCGGAAGAGUUGCUGGUUGACACCUGUGCUCCAGAUGGCAGCCUUGACUUAGAGAGAGCCAGGAUACAUCAGCAGGAGCUUGAAGAGGCCAUCAACAGCCACCAACCCAGUGUUGCAGCAUUAAACCGGACUGGGGAGGGGAUUGUACAGAAACUCUCCCCUGCAGAUGGAAGCUUCUUGAAAGACAAGUUGGCAGGUUUAAACCAGCGCUGGAUCACAAUUAUUACAGAAGUGAAGGAGAGGCAGCCAAGGCUACAAGGAGAAAGUAAGCAGGUGAUGGAAUAUAGGAAAAGGCUGGAUGAAAUUAUCUGUUGGUUAACAAAGGCUGAGACAGCUCUGCAGAAGAGAUCAACCAUGGAUCUGGAAGAAAACCUGCAAGAAUUAAGAAACUUAUCACAGGAAAUGGAAGUACAAGCUGAAAACCUCAAAUGGCUGAAUAGAACGGAGUUGGAAAUGCUUUCAGAUAAAAAUCUGAGUUUACACGAAAGAGAGAAAAUUUUGGAAAGUCUAAGAACUGUAAAUACAACAUGGAAUAAGAUGUGCAGAGAAGUGCCUAGCCUAUUGAAGGAACAGACCCAGGAACCCUGUUCUGUUUCACAGACAAGGAUUGCUGCUCAUCCUGGCGUCCAAAAGGUGGUGCUAGUAUCAUCUAUGUCAGAUAUUCCUGUUCAGUCUCAUCGCACGUCAGAAAUUGCUGUCCCUGCUGAUCUGGAUAAAACUAUAACAGAGCUCGCCGACUGGCUGGUAUUGAUCGACCAGAUGCUGAAGUCCAACAUUGUCACUGUUGGGGAUGUAGAAGAGAUCAAAAAGACAGUUUCCCGAAUGAAAAUCACGAAGGCCGACUUAGAACAGCGCCAUCCCCAGCUUGAUUAUGUUUUCACUUUGGCACAGAAUUUGAAAAACAAAGCUUCCAGUUCAGAUGUGAGAACAGCAAUCACAGAAAAGUUGGAAAAGGUGAGGAGCCAGUGGGACAGCACUCAGCAUGGCGUGGAGUCACGGCAGCAGCAGCUCGAGGACAUGAUUAUUGACAGUCUUCAGUGGGACGACCACAGGGAAGAGACGGAGGAGCUGAUGAGGAAAUACGAGGCCCGACUGUACAUCCUGCAGCAAGCUCGCCGGGAUCCACUUGUCAAACAGAUUUCUGAUAAUCAGAUCUUGCUUCAAGAACUGGGUCCUGGUGAUGGCGUCGUCAUGGCCUUCGAUAAUGUCCUGCAGAAACUGCUGGAGGAGUAUGCUAAUGAUGAUACAAGGAAUGUCAAGGAGACCACUGAGUACUUAAAGUCAUCCUGGAUCAAUCUAAAACAAAGUAUUGCUGACAGACAGAGCGCCUUGGAGGCUGAGCUGAGGAUGGUGCAGGCCUCUCGCAGAGACCUGGAGAACUUCCUAAAGUGGGUCCAAGAAGCAGAAACCACCGUGAAUGUGCUUGCGGAUGCCUCCCAGCGAGAGAAUGCUCUUCAGGACAGUAUCCUGGCCAGGGAACUCAAGCAGCAGAUGCAGGACAUCCAGGCAGAAAUUGAUGCCCACAAUGACAUAUUUAAAAGUAUUGAUGGAAAUAGGCAGAAGAUGGUAAAAGCUUUGGGAAAUUCUGAAGAGGCUACUAUGCUUCAACAUCGACUGGAUGACAUGAACCAAAGAUGGAAUGACUUAAAGGCAAAAUCUGCAAGCAUCAGGGCCCACUUGGAGGCCAGUGCUGAGAAGUGGAACAGGUUGCUGAUGUCUUUAGAAGAACUGAUCAAAUGGCUGAAUAUGAAAGAUGAAGAGCUUAAAAAACAAAUGCCUAUUGGGGGAGACGUUCCAGCCUUACAGCUCCAGUAUGACCAUUGUAAAGCACUGAGACGUGAGUUAAAGGAGAAAGAAUAUUCUAUUCUGAAUGCUGUAGACCAAGCUCGAGUUUUCCUGGCUGAUCAGCCAAUUGAAGCCCCCGAAGAACCAAGAAGAAAUCUACAAUCAAAAACAGAAUUAACACCAGAGGAGAAAGCCCAAAAGAUUGCCAAAGCCAUGCGUAAACAGUCUUCUGAAGUCAAAGAGAAGUGGGAGAGUCUAAAUGCUGUAACUACCAGUUGGCAAAAGCAAGUGGACAAGGCCCUCGAGAAACUCAGAGACCUGCAGGGAGCUAUGGACGACCUGGACGCUGACAUGAAGGAGGCCGAGGCUGUGCGGAACGGCUGGAAGCCCGUGGGAGACUUACUCAUCGACUCGCUCCAGGAUCACAUUGAAAAAACCACGGCCUUUAGAGAAGAAAUUGCACCCAUCAACUUAAAAGUGAAGACAGUGAAUGAUCUAUCCAGCCAGCUGUCUCCACUUGAUCUGCAUCCAUCUCUAAAGAUGUCUCGCCAGCUGGACGACCUCAAUAUGCGAUGGAAGCUUUUACAGGUUUCUGUGGACGAUCGCCUUAAACAGCUUCAGGAAGCCCACAGAGAUUUUGGACCAUCCUCUCAGCAUUUUCUCUCUACUUCAGUCCAGCUGCCGUGGCAAAGAUCCAUUUCACAUAAUAAAGUGCCCUAUUACAUCAACCAUCAAACACAGACAACCUGUUGGGAUCACCCUAAAAUGACUGAACUCUUUCAAUCCCUUGCUGACCUGAAUAAUGUACGUUUCUCUGCCUACCGUACAGCGAUCAAAAUCCGAAGACUACAAAAGGCACUAUGUUUGGACCUCUUAGAGUUGAAUACAACAAAUGAAGUUUUCAAACAGCACAAGCUGAACCAAAAUGAUCAACUCCUUAGUGUCCCAGAUGUCAUCAACUGUCUGACAACAACUUACGAUGGACUUGAACAAAUGCAUAAGGACCUGGUCAACGUUCCUCUCUGUGUAGAUAUGUGCCUCAAUUGGUUACUCAAUGUGUAUGACACGGGUCGGACUGGAAAAAUCAGAGUGCAGAGUCUGAAGAUUGGAUUGAUAUCUCUCUCCAAAGGCCUCUUAGAAGAAAAAUACAGAUAUCUCUUUAAGGAAGUAGCGGGGCCCACCGAAAUGUGUGACCAGAGGCAGCUGGGCCUGUUACUCCAUGAUGCCAUUCAGAUCCCGCGGCAGCUGGGGGAAGUAGCUGCUUUUGGAGGCAGUAAUAUUGAGCCGAGUGUUCGCAGCUGCUUCCAACAGAAUAACAACAAGCCAGAGAUAAGUGUAAAAGAAUUCAUAGAUUGGAUGCGUUUGGAACCACAAUCCAUGGUUUGGCUGCCAGUUUUACAUCGAGUGGCAGCAGCUGAGACUGCAAAACAUCAGGCCAAAUGCAACAUCUGUAAAGAAUGCCCAAUUGUUGGAUUUAGGUAUAGAAGCCUAAAGCAUUUCAACUAUGAUGUCUGCCAGAGUUGCUUUUUCUCAGGUCGAACAGCAAAAGGUCACAAAUUACAUUAUCCAAUGGUGGAAUAUUGUAUACCUACAACAUCUGGGGAAGAUGUACGAGACUUCACAAAGGUUCUGAAGAACAAGUUCAGGUCAAAGAAAUACUUUGCCAAGCAUCCUCGGCUUGGCUAUCUGCCUGUCCAGACAGUUCUUGAAGGUGACAACUUAGAGACUCCUAUCACUCUCAUCAGUAUGUGGCCAGAGCACUAUGACCCUUCGCAAUCCCCUCAGCUGUUUCAUGAUGACACCCAUUCAAGAAUAGAACAAUACGCCACACGACUGGCCCAGAUGGAAAGGACUAAUGGGUCUUUCCUCACGGAUAGCAGCUCCACUACAGGAAGUGUGGAGGACGAGCACGCUCUCAUCCAGCAGUACUGCCAGACGCUUGGAGGGGAGUCCCCACUGAGCCAGCCACAGAGUCCAGCUCAGAUCCUCAAGUCAGUAGAAAGGGAGGAACGUGGAGAGCUGGAACGGAUCAUUGCUGACUUGGAGGAAGAGCAAAGAAAUUUGCAGGUGGAGUAUGAGCAGCUGAAGGAACAGCACCUGAGAAGGGGGCUCCCUGUCGGCUCACCUCCAGAUUCCAUUGUAUCGCCUCAUCACACGUCUGAGGACUCAGAACUCAUAGCAGAAGCAAAACUCCUCAGGCAGCACAAAGGCCGGCUGGAAGCUAGGAUGCAGAUUUUAGAAGAUCACAAUAAACAGCUGGAGUCUCAGCUCCACCGCCUUCGACAGCUGCUGGAGCAGCCUGAAUCUGAUUCCCGAAUCAAUGGCGUCUCCCCAUGGGCUUCCCCACAGCAUUCUUCACUGAGCUACUCCCUGGACCAGGACCCCAGCCCACAGCUUCACCCAGCAGCGGCCGAGGACCUGCUGGCCCCGCCUCACGACACCAGCACGGACCUCACUGAGGUCAUGGAGCAGAUCAACAGCACGUUUCCAUCUGGCGGCCCAAAUGUCCCCAGCAGGCCACAGGCCAUGUGAAGUAUUCAUCUAGCCAACCAACAUCUCCUGACUUACAGUAGUGCCCUUUUCAGCAAAUGUCAAUUCCAAGUUCCAUUUAAUCCAAGGCUCCUUGGCUGCGUGACACGUGCAGUUGAGCGCUGACUGUGUGUUCUACUGAAGGAGUAAAACACUGACUAUCCAAAGAGAAAAGGAUAUUUUGUUUUUAUAAUAACCAUAUAUUAUUGUUUUCUUCUUCCCUUUCUAUGCAACUGUAAAUUAAUGAACAGAGAGGUAUUUGGAAAUGGUAAUACAUUUGUCACUGAUUUGUAUUAUGUAUACAGCACUGGGAAGGUGGGUGGGGGCUUUCUAAUACUGUCUUUUUAAUAACCCUGAUGAAAAUUGCAAAAGAGAAGACCACUUUACAUUUUUACAUUCCUCCGGCUGUUCAUAUUAACCUUGUACAAUGACUUCAUUUAUCUCUUUGACUCUUUUGGCAUUAUGUUUUGGUUAUUUAUAAUUUAUCAGCCACAUGACCACAUAGAUUCCAUGUGUGUGUUUCCAUGAUUUGGCCAAAUUAAUGAGUUCACAUAUUUCAAUGGAUAUAUAUAUAUGGAUCAGAUGACAACUCUGUGUAUACUGUUGAACUGUAUUUGACAUCAUACUCUUCUUCAGUGACCACUUGGGUAACCACAACAAAAAUCCCAUGGUCCUAAAUAGCAUUUCUGUUAGGAAUUUUCCCCUCUAUGUUUACUUUCUUUUUAUGAAUAGGUCUUGGUUUCUUUAUUUAUUUUGUAUCCCAAUCUAACUAAUAGAGAAGACAGCAGUAUAAAUAUCUCAACGAUCUUUCUACCAAAGGUUGUCCAUUUAACCAAAUUUUCUUUUGGACACAGAAACAAAACUUGGUACAACCUUCCCUAGUUCCCAGGUCUUGAUUUUCAUCAUCCAGUGUAUGGUAAAUCUUUACCUACUGUGAUAGCAGAAGCAUCAUUGUCUUUAGUUCUUUGAAGAGACAUUUAUUGUUCUUAUAUUUUCAAGUCCUUCAUAAUUCUUGGAAUUCCUAGUUGUUUUCUUUCUGAAAGCAGACACAAAUUUAGUGCAUGUCUCAUUUUACCUUUUGGGUGAAUAAACAGAUGUUUUAUUACCCUUCCCUCAGUGAGUAGAUUUGGGAAGGCUGUUCAUCAAAGACAAUGCUUCUGCUCCAACAGAAGAAUGAAAUUAAUGCAUACGUGGUGGUAGUCCUGCCUUUGAGUGCAUUCAGUUAGAUAUUUGGUUUAGCUUCCGAGUUAACAUUUAAUUGAUUCAGCUUAAACAUGUUACUUAAUUACCAAAUGUAGAGAAACCAAAAAAAAAAAAGUGAAAAUACUUUGUUUUGAUUCAAGCAUAUGUGCUUUUAAAACAUCAGGACAUUUUAACUUUGGGUUCUCUUUAACUGGGAUCUGGCCAGGAGGAGGCUUAAAGUAGAAAUUGCUAUUCUUUUAGAAUAGACUGGGUGGGUUGGGGGGCAAGGGUGUCUAUUUGCAGCAUAGAUAUUUUGAGAAGAGAAUUGUUUUAUAUAAGAGGAAAGCCAUGACCACCUUUCUACCUCAGAUCCAUCUUCAUUCAUCGCGUUGGGACUAGCUUUAUGCCACUACAGUCUGCAAAGUCUAGAGCUUUUAUCAGGCCAUAUCAUACCCGAGAAAGUACCUAUUUAAGGAAAAAGUAAUUCCCUGAACUUUGAACUUCAUGUUGUAGAUUUGGUGUCUUCCUUGUUCUUACUUUGAAAGUCAUGUAUUAAUUUUUUUUCUGCCUGUAUUUGUAUGCAAAAUGAUCUUUAUCUGCUAUUAAGGAAAAGCUACAUAAUACACUACAUUGUAACCUUCUAAGUAAUAAUAAAUAAAUAUACCGCAGUAACAACAAUGGGGAAUAUGUAUGUAGUUCUUUUGAAAUAUGUGGUAAAGAACUAAUCAUAGACCAUCAUCUAAUCUGGUUACAUGUUGUAUUUUUCAUCCUGAAUAAAAGUAAUUUUAACACAA